CCGGCAACAGGGGUACCUGCAUUGACCGUUUGUGGAUGGGAAAAUCGAUAUAGUUCGAGUGACUCCCUCUUGUCUUGUUUCUUCCUACUGCUCACCUUCGCCUAGAUAUCUUGCAGCCCUCAGAAGACUUUUGUUUUCAGCCCUUCUUUAAGAAACCAGUCACUCAUUACAGCCCAUCUCCCACUACUUAAUACUCGAUCUACUCCGGUUAAUCACCUAAUACCCACACAACAACCAUCAACAUGUACUCCAAGGUUUCCAUCAUCACCUUCUUCGCCGGCCUCGCCGCUGCCCAGAUCCACGCUCCCGUUGGCGAGCCCAGUGGUAACCCCAUCACCCGUCCUUUGAACGAGGUUGUCCCCACCUGCGAGCAGUUCACCAUCACCUGGCAGCCAACUACCCCCAACACCGUCUCCGUCCUCCUCCUCAAGGGCCCCUCCACCAACGUCGUCAAGUUCGGUCCUUCCAUCGCCGAGGGUAUCUCCAACAGCGGUUCCCUCAGCUGGACCCCUGCCUCCACCCUCGAGGCUACCAACGGCCCCAACGGAUACGGUAUCCAGAUCAUUGACGAUGUCACUGGCCAGUACCAGUACUCCACCCAGUUCGGUAUCUCCGCUGGAAAGUGCGAGGAGGCCGUCUCUUCCUCCAUGAUCGAGCCCAGCAGCGUCGCCGCUGCUGCCAGCUCUACCCCCGCUGCCAGCUACGGAAACGGAUACGGUGCUUCAACUCCCGCUGCUAGCCACACCCCCAUCCCUCUGCCUUCCUCCGUCCACUCCAGCGAGGCUCCUUACCCCACCACUGUCAUGACCUCUGCCAUGGUCCCUGCCUACAGCACUGGUGUCCACGCCAACGGCACCGUCCCCAUGCCCACUGCUGGUGGCAACGCCACCACCUCCAGGCUCCCUGAGGCUACCACCAACGCUGCUUCCGGUGUCCAGGCUGCGCUCAGCUUCGCUGGUGCCGCAGCUGCUUUCGCUUUCAUGCUAUAAGUGCAUUUCCGUACCCCGGAUCUGUUAUUAUGUCAUGACUAGCAUUGGUUUCCUUUCUCUUCGAUGAUACUCCUGGUGUUUACUCAUAGGGUAUACCGCCUUUGUUUGGUUCCGAACUUGUGUGUUGCUUGUGUGGUGGGCGGUUGUAACUAGAGUGGAAUGCGAGUGUUUUGCAUAGUCGUUGGCGCGAUUGCUUACCCAAAAGGACCUUUUGUGAUGCGUAAUGGAAUCGAUUAUACCCUUUA